AUGGAAAACGCUGGAACUGAUCAUGAAUACCACGAAAUUGGAGGUUCAAACUCGUAUAUUAGAAUGGGCAGAGGUAACGAUAAGAACAUCCUGAAUUACGGGAAGAAGUCCGUAUUACCUUCCCUGUCCAAAGAUCAUGCGAGUGUGGAGGAGUCUGUACUUGUCAAGAGAAGAUCGUUUGAUGCUGAGAUAUCCAGUACGGAAUGCGGUCAUGCUAGUGCAGACAUUGUUACGGCAAGCUGA